AUGCGCUCGACGGCGCAACAGCCCAUCCUCGACUCGACGGCAUACCCGCACCUCCUGGACCUCAUAAUCGAUCACUCUGGCGCCGUGUCGACCCUGCUCGCGUUCCGCAGCGUAUCCCGCCGGUGUCGCAAGCUUGCCGACGCCAAGCUCUUCCACCACGCCACCCUCCGGCGCGAGUGGUACCAGCCCCGGCGGAAGGGACUCGUCUCAUGGAUCUGGGGAACAGAGCCGCCACCGCGCAAGCGUCGAUCCGUGCUUGUCCCCGCCGUGGCCUCGCACAUUGAGGCCGACCGCCCACUCCCCCUCCUGCUCGACAAGAUCGCCGUCCUCGACCUCGUCGGCGCCGAGGUGGGCGAGCACAAGUCGUACGAGUUUAUCGCGCGGAAGCGCGAGCUGCGACCGGGCGAGCGCUCGCGGCGGACAGAGCUGGAGGGCGCGUACGCGUCCUACGCGCCGCGCGUGCUUCGCCGUUUCGGGCGCUCGCCGCAAGAGGACUGGGGCCGCGUCCUCGACGUCACCGCUGACUUUGUCGCGCCACCAGGAGGAAAGGACUACCGCAACUUCCGCAGCGUUAAAGUGCCCCUCGUCAGCCCGCGGGCGUGCUGGACGACUUCUUCGGGUUCCACUACGCGUGGGCUGCACAUUCCCGUCGACACGACAGUGGAGUACUUGACCCUCCGGCCGGAGGGCUUCCAUGUCCGCGAUGACGAACUUUACGACCUGAUGUACAUGACAAUCACACAUCGCCCGGUGCUGCACAUCGGACUGCAGGGCGAGCACUGCUCCCUCGGGUUCCGUAUCUGGAGAGCCGUGUCCUGGGACGACAUGGUCAUUGUCCUGCACGGUACCGCCGCACCUGGGGCCGUGUCGGGUGUAGUGGAGCAGACCCAAAGGACGAUGGAGGCCGACAGCUGGCGCGACUGCGGAAAGCUUACCGUCGUCGGUGCGCUCGCGGCUCUUGGCGGUGACGAGGAGGAGCUGGAUAAGAUCAAGGCCCGUCUGGCUAGAAGGUUGGCCUAUUGCUCCUUUGAUGAUGGGGGCCCGGCGGCGGGUGAGGUGGUGGAAUUGACGCGCUUCCUCACGAUGGACGAGUGGAUCGCCGAGCUGAGCGACGAGCAACGUGAUAUCGAGGCUGUUGUAGAAUAG